AUGAGAGCUUCUCAAUGGACCACCAUCAAAGGCACCAUCGAGAAGAGUCUUGAGCUCAACAACAACGCAGCCUUACCCAAAUCUGCAAACUCGCUUGGCAAGGAUCAAACUCUUGUCAAGGUCCACUAUGCUGCUCUCAACCCUGUUGACUACAAAUUGCCUGAAGCACCUGUCGUCGGCCAGAUGGCCAUCACUAAGCCAGCAUCGCCAUGUAUGGACUUCUCUGGUGUGGUCGUUAAGACCUCGAGAAGCGACUUGAAGCCCGGUCAAGCUGUCUUCGGCAAGACGGAGCCUCCUCUCUUCGGUGCUAUGGCUGAGUACCUGGUUGCUGGCCGUGAUGGAACCAUCGCUCUUCCGGAAGGCGUCAAGCCUGAGGAAGCUGCCUGUGUUGGCGUUGCUGGUUUGACCGCCUACCAAUGUAUCGUCCCCAACGUCAAGUCCGGUGACAAAAUCUUCAUCAACGGUGGUUCUGGAGGCACUGGCUCUUUCGGUAUUCAGAUGGCCAAAGCCAUGGGCUGCGAGGUCACAACCACAUGUUCUGGACCAAAUGUGGAUCUCUGCAAGAGUCUCGGCGCUGAUGAGGUCAUUGACUAUCGCACUCAAGACGCUCUGGAGGUCUUCACAAAGGCUGGCAAGCGCUUCGACCUCAUCGUCGACUUUGUCGGCUCCCCUGAGCUAUACUGGCAGGCUCACUAUUUCACCAAGCCAACCGCAAAGGUCGUCAACGUUGGCGCAACCAUGACAAUGGACUUCUUCCGCCGUCUGUUGCCCAUCUUCCUCCUUCCAAGAUUUUUGGGAGGUGGUUCGUUGAAGUACGAGUUCCUGACAUGUCACGCCAAAGAGGACGACUUCAAGCAGAUUGGAAAGUGGAUGGCUGAGGGCAAGGUCAAGCCAGUCAUUGCUGAGACAUUCAGCCUGGAAGACGUACCUAAAGCAUUCGAAACGCUCAAGACUGGUCGUGUUCGUGGAAAGUUGAUUGUCAAGGUUUCGAACGAGUAA